UAUCUAGUUAGUUGACUAUUCUCAAUCACAUCACACACUCAAGUAAAAACAAAGCUUUAUAAAGAAUAAUAACAUUAAUCUAAUCUUCACACAAGAAUUAAUUUUUUUUCUACGUUUAAUGCGAAACGAUGGAAGGUGAAAAUUCAGUGAAAGGUAUCUUAAAAUCAGGUGCGAAUAGUGCCCAAUUGAGUCUCAAGGCGGCCAAAUUCGAUGAGUUGAACAUCUUGGAAACGUUUCAUCCACCUGGCAAGGACUAUGGCCACAUGGUCAUCGAUGAACCGAAGACACCCUUUGUAUUCGAAGAUGAUAUUCCUAAGGAGUUGGAUAUGAGUGCGUUGAUCGAGAAGUUGCGUCUGACCUCGAAGUCGGAAAUGCCGGCGUUUGGAAUCGAAGGAGAUUCCGACGAUUCCUCGGCGGACGAGGACUUUCCCGAGUCCAUUGAGGAGAAAGUGCGAAGGAUGGAGUUCGAGAAGCGUCGCAAGCUGCACUACAAGGAGUUCUUCUCGGUGUCACUGGCACGUCGUCUUAUUGCCGAGGAAUUCGCCGAUACGACAACCAGCGAUAUUAGUAUUCACAGUGAGGGGAUUAUACAGGAUUCGGAUCUCAUCUGCGAAACCUGCCCGUCCUCGGAAAGAGAACAAAGUGUCGGGACGGCGAGCAAAGCCGGUCAUUCAGAUAAUGUAUCAGGUUUUCGGUCACCUGAACAAUCAUUCGUUUCAGAACCGGAACCCGGCUUUUCACCCAGCCAUCAUUGCUACCAGAAACUGCAGGCCGAACUCUAUAGUCAUGGUCCACACGAAUAUGCUUCUUUGACUCAUCUGCAUCACAUACCCUCGGUCAACGACUCUGAUUUGCACAAGGAAUUGAAGGUGCCAAACGUUUCAGUCAUUACAAGUGUUCGGCCAACCGUGCGGGAUUCCAAGAUAUCAACCAUAAAACCAGCACCGCGCAUAUGCAAAACCACCUCAAAAACUUCGACUCCGUAAUUCUGCUAAAAUUGGUCAGUCGUUUGCGUUGCUUGCAUUUGGAAAUGUUUUGAAAAAUUUUGAAGUUAAACUGUAAUAAAUCCUAAAUUUGUAUUUAUACAGUAAAAUAUAUUACGAAGUUA